GAGCGAGGCGGCGGCGGCGAGGGCGACAGCGAGCGGAGCAGGCCGCCCUGCCCGCCGCCCGAGCGCCGGCGCGAGGAGGGGGCGCCGCGGCCCACCUCCUUCCUGCCGGGCCGCCGCGCCCUGACCCCCAUGGCCGCCCGGGCCUGCGGGCCGCCAAGUCGCCGCGCCAGACCCAGGGCCCCCGAGUGCGAGCGAGCGAGCGAGCGAGCGCGGGCGCCGAGGAUCUCAUCUGGCCGCCGCGUUCUUGAAGAGGCGAGGGGGAGAGCGCGCGCGAGAGGAGGAGAGAGAGACGGCGCGGGGAAAGGGAGACGGCGAGACGCGCAGCGCCGGCGCCCGGGAGAUCCAGGAGGAGCCCGCAGAAAGCAGGACACAAACCGGGACGCAGACUUCAGCCCAGCCAAGAGGAGGCGUCGAUUGGCAGAAGUCCCCCCUAGUGACGAAUAAUAUACGUUCAUUGUGGAAAAUUCAGCAGAUAGACAAGAGUUGCAAGAAAAUAAGGCUCCCCUGGGAUCUUACCACCUACUGAUGGCCGGGUCACAUUUUGGGCCUAGUUGCUCCAGAACCAGGCAGUUAUACAUUUUUUAAGACAGAAGUGGCACCAUAUUCCUUCUGUAUCCCUGUGGUGACCUGCUUUUCUCACUUAAUGCAUCGGGAAUAGUUCCCCAUGUCCUCACAUAUCCAGGGGUGAAGUUUGCCAGGAGCUGAGCCACCCGGAGGGGACCCAGCUGACCUAGAAUGUUGGUGCUUGUUCCGGGGCAGAAGCCAUGGCUGUCCUGCUGCUGCACCCUGCACCCCGCACAGAGGCUAGCACCCAGUAGGUGCUGAAUGAAGAAUUAGAGAAAGAAGUGAGCACUCCAUCCCCAAAGAUAACCAGCCCGAGUCAUGCAGUCUUUUCGAGAAAGGUGUGGUUUCCAUGGCAAACAACAGAACUACCAGCAGACCUCACAGGAGACAUCUCGCCUGGAGAAUUACAGACAGCCGAGCCAGGCCGGGCUGAGCUGCGAUCGGCAGCGGCUGCUGGCCAAGGACUAUUAUAACCCGCAGCCGUACCCCGGCUACGAGGGCGGCAGCGCCGGCACACCGGCGGGCCCCGCGCGGGGCAGCAAGGGCCUGCCCUCCCAGCAGUCCCUGCAGGGCAGGCCGGCCUUCUCUGGCUACAGCGUGCAGGACAGCAGCCCGUACCCCGGCCGCUACUCGGGCGAGGAGAGCCUGCAGGCCUGGGGGGCCCCCCAGCCGCCGCCCCCCCAGCCGCAGCCCCUGCCAGGGGGCGUGGGCAAAUAUGAUGACAACUUGAUGAAAAAGGCCGCAGUGCCCCCUGGCAGGCAAUACCCAGAGCAGGGCGCCCAGCUGCCCUUUCGGACUCACUCCCUGCAUGUCCAGCAGCAGCUGCCACAGCCCCAGCAGCCCCUGGCAUACCCCAAACUCCAGAGGCAAAAACUGCAGAACGACAUGGCAUCGCCUCUGCCCUUCCCCCAGGGUGGCCACUUCCCCCAGCACUCACAGUCUUUCCCUGCUUCCUCCACCUACUCAUCCAGUGGCCAGGGGGGCCAGGGCAGCGGGCAGGGCACCCACUCCUACAAGAGCUGCACCGCACCAUCCACCCAGCCCCACGACAGGCCACUGGCCGCCAAUGCCAGCCUGGCCCCUGGGCAGCGGGUCCAGAACCUUCACGCCUACCAGUCUGGCCGCCUGAGCUACGAUCAGCAGAAGCAGCAGCAGCAGCAGCAGCAGCAGCAGCAGGCCCUCCAGAGCCGGCACCAUGCCCAGGAAACCCUCCAUUACCAAAACCUUGCCAAGUACCAACACUACGGGCAGCAGGGCCCGGGUUACUGUCAGCCGGACGCGGCCGUCAGGACUCCAGAGCAGUACUACCAGACCUUCAGCCCCAGCUCCAGCCACUCGCCCGCACGCUCUGUGGGCCGCUCGCCCUCCUACAGCUCCACCCCGUCACCGCUGAUGCCCAACCUGGAGAACUUUCCCUACAACCAGCAGCCACUCAGCACUGGGGCCUUCCCCGCGGGCAUCACGGACCACAGCCACUUCAUGCCCCUGCUCAACCCGUCCCCGACCGACGCUGCUAGCUCGGUGGACACCCAGGCUGGCAACUGCAAGCCGCUGCAGAAGGACAAGCUCCCUGAGAACCUGCUCUCGGACCUCAGCCUGCAGAGCCUCACAGCUCUGACAUCCCAGGUAGAGAACAUAUCCAACACCGUCCAGCAGCUGCUGCUCUCCAAGACCGCGGCGCCACAGAAAAAGAGCGUCAAGAACCUGGUGUCCAGGACACCAGAACAGCACAAAAGCCAGCACUGCAGCCCUGAGGGCAGCGGCUACUCAGCCGAGCCGGCCGGCACGCCGCUGUCUGAACCGCUGAGCAGCACGCCGCAGUCCACGCAUGCCGAGCCGCCCGAGGCCGACUACCUGAGCGGCUCCGAGGACCCGCUGGAGCGCAGCUUCCUCUACUGCAACCAGGCCCGCAGCAGCCCCGCCAGGGUCAACAGCAACUCCAAGGCCAAGCCCGAGUCAGUGUCCACCUGCUCCGUGACCUCCCCUGACGACAUGUCCACCAAAUCCGAUGACUCCUUCCAGAGCCUGCACAGCACCCUGCCGCUCGACAGCUUUUCCAAGUUUGUGGCAGGUGAGCGGGACUGCCCGCGGCUGCUGCUCAGCGCCCUGGCCCAGGAGGACCUGGCCUCUGAGAUCCUCGGGCUGCAGGAGGCCAUUGGCGAGAAGGCUGAUAAGGCCUGGGCCGAGGCGCCCAGCCUGGCCAAGGACGCCAGCAAGCCUCCCUUCUCGCUGGAGAACCACAGCGCCUGCCUGGACUCAGUGGCCAAGAAUGCGUGGUCACGGCCAGGGGAGCCAGAGGCCCUGCCUGAGUCCUUGCAGCUGGACAAGGGUGGCAGCGCCAAGGACUUCAGCCCAGGGCUGUUUGAAGACCCUUCUGUGGGCUUUGCCGCCCCUGACCCCAAGAAGACAACCGGGGCCCUCUCUUUCGGCACCAAGUCUACCCUCGGGGCAGCCACGGCAGACCCCGCCGCAGCCGCUUUUGACUGCUUCCCGGACACGACCACCGCCAGCUCGGCGGACAGCGCCAACCCCUUUGCCUGGCCCGAGGAGAACCUGGGGGAUGCGUGUCCCCGGUGGGGCCUGCACCCCAGUGAGCUCACCAAGGGCCUGGAGCAGGGUGGGAAGGCCGCGGAUGGCGUGGGCAAGGAGAGUGCCCACGAGGCUUCGGCCUGCCCAGGCUUCCAGGAGGAGGAGCCCCCGGGGGAGAAGGCCACUGUGCCUCGGGACUCGGAGCAGGAGGAGGCGGGCGGGGUGAAGGAGGAGGUGGGUGGGCUGCUGCAGUGCCCCGAGGUGGCCAAGGCCGACCGGUGGCUGGACGACAGCCGCCACUGCUGCUCUGCCACCGAUUUUGGGGACCUGCCCCUACUGCCUCCCACCGGUCGGAAAGAGGACCUGGAGGCGGAGGAGGAGUACUCCUCCCUGUGUGAGCUCCUGGGCAGCCCUGAGCAGAGGCCUGGCCUGCAGGACCCGCUGUCGCCCAAGGCCCCACUGAUGUGCACCAAGGAGGAAGCAGAGGAGGUGCUGGACAGCAAGACUGGCUGGGGCCCCCCGUGCCACCUCUCUGGGGACUCUGUCAUCUUGCUGGGCCCGACUGUGGGCGCCGAGUCAAAGGUCCAGAGCUGGUUUGAGUCCUCCCUGUCCCACAUGAAGCCGGGCGAAGAAGGCCCUGACAGUGUGCUAGCUCCGGGGGACUCAGCCACCCUGGCCCCGGAUGCCUCCCUGGCCCAGAAGCCGAACAAGCCUGCUGUGCCCGAGGCCCCCAUUGCUAAGAAAGAGCCCGUGCCACGCGGCAAAAGCUUACGGAGCCGGCGGGUACAUCGGGGUCUGCCCGAGGCCGAGGACUCCCCAUGCAGGGCUCCAGUGCUGCCCAAAGACCUCUUGCUCCCUGAAUCCUGCACAGGGCCCCCACAGGGGCAGAUGGAGGGAGCAGGAGCCCCAGGACGGGGGGCCUCGGAAGGGCUCCCCAGGAUGUGCACGCGCUCUUUCACCGCCCUGAGCGAGCCCCGCACACCCGGGCCCCCAGGCCUGACCACCACACCUGCCCCCCCGGACAAACUGGGAGGCAAGCAGCGAGCCGCCUUCAAGUCUGGCAAGCGGGUGGGCAAGCCAUCACCCAAGGCGGCGUCCAGCCCCAGUAACCCGGCCGCCCUGCCGGUGGCCUCGGAUAGCAGCCCCAUGGGCUCCAAGACCAAGGAGACAGACUCUCCCGGCACCCCGGGCAAGGACCAGCGCUCUAUGAUCCUGCGGUCCCGCACCAAAACCCAGGAGGUGUUCCACUCCAAGAGGCGGCGGCCCUCAGAGAGCCGGCUCCCCAACUGCCGAGCCACCAAGAAGCUCCUGGCCAACAACCACCUGCCGGCCACGUUCAAGGUCUCGGGCAGCCCCCAGAAGGAGGGCAGGGCCGGCCAGCGGGCAAGGGUCCCCAAGCCAGGGGCGGGCAGCAAGCUCUCCGAUCGGCCCCUCCAUGCGCUCAAAAGGAAGUCGUCCUUCCUGGCGCCUGUCCCCACCAAGAAGCGGAACCUGGUCUUACGGAGCGGCAGUGGGGGGGACGUGAAGGAGGAGGGGGCCGAGGACCCCUCCAGCCUCUUCAAGAGGAUGUCUUCUCCCAAGAAGGCUAAGCCCCCCAAGGGCAACAGUGAGCCCGCUGUGAAGCCCCCACCCCCAGAGGCCCCCGACGCCUGCCUGAAGCUGGCCUCAAGGGCGGCCUUCCAGGGGGCGAUGAAGACCAAGGUGCUUCCGCCCCGGAAGGGCCGCGGCCUGAAGCUGGAGGCCAUCGUGCAGAAGAUCACCUCGCCCAGCCUGAAGAAGUUUGCGUGCAAAGCGCCGGGGGCCCCUCCGGGUAACCCUGUGAGCCCAGCUCUCCCUGAGAAGGACCGUGGGCUCAAGAGUGCCGGGGGCAGCCCAGUUGGGGCAGGAGAAGGUCUCUUAAAUGUGGGCGCUGGGCAGAAGCUCCCAGCAGCCCCUGGGGCCGACCUGUUAUGCAGAAAUCCGACCAACAGAUCCUUAAAAGGCAAACUCCUAAACAGUAAGAAACUGUCCUCGACUGACUGUUUCAAAACUGAGGCCUUCACGUCCCCGGAGGCCCUGUUGCCUGGGGGGACUGCCCUGGCGCCUAAGAAGAGAAGCCGGAAAGGCAGGGCUGGAGCCCUUGGACUCCCCAAAGGUCCCCUGGAGAAGCGGCCCCAUCUAGGCCCGGCUCUGCUCCUGACCCCCCGAGACAGGGCCAACGGCGCUCAGGGGGGUGGGGAGGACAGCUCUGGUGGAGGAGGCAAGAAGCCAAAGACGGAGGAGCUGGGCCUGACCUCCCAGUCCCCUGAGGGCCGGCCCUGUCAGCCCCAGACAAGGGCACAGAAGCAGCCAGGCCAUGCCAACUACAGCAGCUAUUCCAAGCGAAAGCGACUCACCCGGGGCCGGGCCAAGAACACCACCUCCUCACCCUGUAAGGGCCGUGCCAAGCGGCGGCGGCAGCAGCAGGUGCUGCCCCUGGAUCCUGCAGAGCCUGAAAUCCGCCUCAAGUACAUUUCCUCCUGCAAGCGGCUUCGAGCGGACAGCCGCACCCCAGCCUUCUCACCCUUUGUGCGGGUGGAGAAGCGAGACGCGUUCACCACCAUAUGCACUGUUGUCAAUUCCCCAGGGGAGGAGCCCAAGCCCCACAGGAAGCCUUCCUCCUCUGCCUCCUCUUCCUCAUCCUCAUGCUCGUUCUCCUUGGAUGCGACCGGGGCCUCCUUGGCCACGCUCCCUGGAGCCUCUGUCCUGCAGCCACGGCCCUCCCUGCCCCUCUCUUCCACCAUGCAUCUGGGGCCCGUGGUCUCCAAGGCCUUGAGUACCUCUUGCCUUGUUUGCUGCCUCUGCCAAAACCCGGCCAACUUCAAGGACCUCGGGGACCUCUGUGGGCCCUACUACCCCGAACACUGCCUCCCCAAAAAGAAGCCAAAACUCAAGGAGAAGGUGCGGCCGGAGGGCACCUGCGAGGAGGCCUCGCCGCCCCUCGAGAGAACACUCAAAGACCUCGAGUGUGUGGCCGCCACCGGCGCCACCGCCGCUGGCAAACCCCCGAGGCCCGAGGGCCCGGCCGACCCCGCCAAGCAGGGCUCACUGCGCACCAGUGCCCGGGGCCUGUCGCGGCGGCUACAGAGCUGCUACUGCUGUGACGCUCGGGGGGACGGUGGCGAGGAGGCAGCCCCGGCCGACAAGAGCCGCAAGCACGAAUGCAGCAAGGAGCCACUGGCUGAGCCCAGCGGGGACACCCAGGAGCACUGGGUGCACGAGGCCUGCGCCGUGUGGACGGGCGGGGUCUACCUGGUAGCUGGGAAGCUCUUUGGGCUGCAGGAGGCCAUGAAGGUGGCCGUGGACAUGACCUGUUCCAGCUGCCAAGAAGCCGGGGCCACCAUCGGGUGCUGCCACAAAGGAUGCACCCACACCUACCAUUACCCGUGUGCCAGCGAUGCGGGUUGCAUAUUCAUGGAAGAGAACUUUUCUUUGAAGUGUCCCAAACAUAAGAGGCUGCCGUUGUAAUCGACCCCAACGGCCAGAGAAGCCGCCGAAGCCCGCCUGCCGCCCGCCCGCCGCCGCCGAGGAGAGGAGCCGCCUGCGCAGCCCCUGGGCCUUUGAGCUGCUCCCAGCGCGGGUCCAGAGCCGAUCCUUGAUCCGGAUUCCGGAUCUUGGAUCUGGCCGCCUAGAGCUGAAACUUGCGGUCCCGGGUUGGGAAGAAAACACGUUCCGGAGCCGCCUGCUCCCGGAACAGGACGACACAGGGCGUUCCCGCCCACACCCCGGGCCAGGCUUGGAGAGGGGGAGCCCGCGGAGCGGCCAGACUCCUUGGGGCACCCAGGCUCCGGCGGGGAUUGGAGACGCCUUUAACCUGGGGACACGCUUCUCCCCUGGCGGUUCCAAGACGACGUGGCACACAUUCCACGUGGGUGCUGCCGCCGCCGCAGCCGGCGUGGCCUGCAGCUGGGCGCCCUGGGGGUGGGGGUGGGGGUCCGAAGGGCCCCAGAAGUGGCGGAGGGCGGCUCCAGGCUCCGAGGCGAGGGGUGGGGGUGGGGAAGGAGCCCCAGCCUUUCUGGAGAGGACUAGGCCGGCCGCGUAGGGUAGGAGGCCGGGGGCUUGGGAAGGAACCUUUCCAAUCGCGUGCCAGCGCCCUUUCCCACCCGCCCAGCCUCGGCCACCACUUGGCGUGGGUUGGGCAGAGCCGGGGAAGUCCCAGACCCAUGCUCAGGGGGUGCGGGCUCCCCGGGGGUGGGCGGGGCUGGGGCACCCCCUUGGCUUGUGUCGUCCCCUUUCCAGUCCUCCGCCCCACCCCUGGAGCGCCCCCCCCAACACGAAGGAAAGGAGUGGCGAGCAGAGCGCGCCUCCGGUGGACGCGUGACCAUCCCUCUGCAGGACCACCCGUCUCCGGGGACCGCAGCGCCCACUCGGCACGGGAGCAGAGACAGCGCUAGAUUCGUGUACAAACCUGUGUACCCCUCUAUAUAUAUGUUACAUAGAAUGUAUAUAUGUUGGGAACAUGCUCGCUUCUCCCGUGUGUCGCCGCCGCCACGCGUCGUGCGUCCCUCAGCACGGGGCCCUUGCCGGGAAGGGGGCCGCGGCGAUGCCCGCCUUCCCCAUGCAGCCACCGCGGGCCCAAGCCAGUCCCCGCCAGUCCGUCCGCCUGUCCGUCCGUGUCCUCAGCUCUGUCCACGCUUCGAUAGGCCUGACGCAGCCCCCAGACCGGGGCCGCCCUAGCAACUUCCUGUACAUAUGACUGUAAAAUGGUAAACGUGUGUAUUAUAUCUGGCCUCGUUAUAUAGUGUAUAUAUAUGUAUACAUAUACAUAUAUAUAAUAUAUAUGAAGACUGUAAAUGUUAAGACGACUAGUGUUCUUAUUAGUAUAUUGCUUCACACUGAAGAUUGUGUGUAUCGAGCUGUUUCUAAAAGAUGUUUAUUUUCCUUAAGAGUAAAAAACAGUCAUUGCAUUCAGAAAAAAAAAAAAAGUCAAUAAAGAUACAACGAUUGUUUUGGAA